AUGGUUCACUACUCGAAGCUCUUGCCUCCCCUAUAUGAACUUCCAACCUGUUUCCCCAGAUAUUAUGGUGGAGUUCUGCUAGUUGGAUUUGGCAGUUUUGCUCUGAACAUGUACUUCGCUGCUCGUGUCGUGCGAGGUCGCAAGAAGUGGGACAUAAAGGCCCCGAUAAUGUAUCAUCCAACGAACGAAGAAUUCAACUGCCUUCAGCGAGCGCAUCAGAACUAUCUCGAAUUCAUGCCAUACUUCCUGAUGGGUUUGUUUGUUGGUGGUCUUCGGUGCCCCUUCCGCUCCAUGCUGCCAUCGGUAAGCUAUGCCAUCGCCCGAAUGACAAAUGACCCGGAGGACUCCUAA